GGAGGAGAGAAGACGUAUGAUUUAGAAUCUAAGUAAGAUAAUAGUACAACUUAAUUUAGUGGCUAUAUCACAAAAGGAUUCAGUAAUCAAAUGCUACCAAAUCCUGCUUCAGCAUCUUAGGGAAACUAAUUGAGAGGAUAUGGGAGGAUAUAGUUUUUUGUUUGUUUGUUUUUGUUUUCCCCUCUUUCAGAGUAGUACUGUAGUACUGUAGAGUAGACGUGAUCCACACUCCAUACCAGUUGGUAGCGGUAAUGCACCAAUUCGUUGUUUGCCAACCGGCAAUAAACAACAAAGAAGAAGAAGAAGGGAAGAAAAAAAAAAAGGAAGAAGAAGAAAAAAGAAAGAAAAAGAACGUAACUGACGGAGCUCGCGAGAAGGAUGCUUGUAUGAGCGUACGUAUGUACGUAUUCGACGUAGCGGUGGAGCAUAAGGGGACACUGUCAGAAACAGUCAAGUAAAGACGUUUUCUUUCCACUAGCUACUGCCAAAUAACCCAAGCUAAAUUCUGUCAGAGAGGAUACACUGGCAGUCUCCACUGGUUGUUUAUUUCCAGCAGCUGCUAUGUGAUUUGCGCUAUUACAGUAGCAGAUGAAUGUAACAAUGCCUGCAGACCAUGUCUCAGAAAGAAGAUAGUGAAGGGAAAAGGAGCUCUCACCAUACUGAACUGUAUGGCAGCAUCCCUCGAACAUGUCUGCCCAUUGUGUUCCACCCAGACUACAACAUCACCUUCAUGGGUCUUGAAAAGCUCCAUCCAUUUGAUGCAGGGAAGUGGGGGAAAGUCAUUCGCUUCUUGAAAGAAGAGCAGUUCAUCACUGAUGGAAACAUUGUGGAAGCCCUUGAAGCUACUGAGGAGGAUCUGCUGGUGGUUCACACCAAACGCUACCUCAGCAGAUUAAAGUGGUCUCUGGUGGUGGCAACAAUUACAGAAAUCCCACCUCUCCUGUUUCUGCCUAAUUUCCUGGUGCAGCGAAAGGUGUUAAGGCCUUUGCGGACACAGACAGGAGGGACAAUAAUGGCGGGAAAAUUGGCUGUUGACCGAGGAUGGGCAAUAAAUGUAGGAGGUGGUUUCCACCACUGCUCCAGUGAUAGGGGAGGGGGCUUUUGUGCCUAUGCUGACAUCACUCUGGCCAUUAAGUUUCUGUUUGAGAGAGUUGAAGGCAUCUCCAGGGCUACCAUCAUUGAUCUGGAUGCUCAUCAGGGAAAUGGACAUGAACGUGACUUCAUGGAUGACAGGCGAGUGUUCAUCGUGGAUAUGUAUAAUCGCUACAUAUAUCCUGGGGAUGGAUAUGCCAAAAGAGCCAUAAAAAGGAAGGUGGAGCUGGACUGGGGCACUGAAGACUCAGAGUACCUUCAGAAAGUAGAGCUCCACUCUGAGGGGGCUCUGAAUGAGGUCCGACCUGACAUUAUUGUCUAUAAUGCAGGGACAGACAUUUUGGAUGGGGACCCCCUUGGAGGACUCUCUAUAUCACCACAGGGCAUUGUAAAGAGAGAUGAGAUUGUGUUCAGGGCUGCUAGACGACGGGGCAUCCCUAUACUCAUGGUCACAUCUGGGGGUUAUCAGAAAAAAACAGCCCGCAUCAUUGCCGACUCCAUUCUCAACUUAAAUCAACAAGGCUUGAUUGGAGAAGAGGCUCUGGAGGAGGAGGAGGAGGGGUCAUCAUCAUUAGUAACCAGUGUGAUGUGCAGCUCUGGACCUGCAGGAUCAACGUUCACUACUGUCUGAGGGGCAUGAAUCCUGGGGUUAACACUUGCUGGUGUGUAACCCAUGCAACUGUGAUAUUUGAAGGCACUUAAGUAACUUUAUAGUGUCCAGUUAUUGUAUGACAGCAGCAAUGCUAUUGUGAGGAGUUUUAGUUUUUUUAUUUACUUUAGGUUGUAAGUACUGAAACAAUUGCACUCUCUUGACUAAGCUCUCACAUGUGACAAAAAGCAAAAUUUUAUGGGUUUAUGUUUAGUGUAUGUAUGGGCAGCAUUUUAGACAGGUAUUCUUUCACCUCUGGAAAUGUAGUAAUGUCAUUUGUGAAGGAUAUGAUAUAUUAAUUGUCCAUGAAAUAGCACAGAGGUUUGAUGUUCUUACAGGCACAUGCAAAGUAUAUUAAUUACCUUCCAUCUCAGUUCAUGGUAAUGAAGGUGGAGAAUAAAGAUAAAUGCUUAUAAAAAAUAUAACUAUCAAACAUAAUCUAAUGCUGAUGUCUUCUCAAGUCCUCAUCAACAUUUUGUUUUAUCACUUCUAGAAUCAAUUGGUGUUUUCCUCUAGACAAUAUUGUUAUCAUUAUUUAGUUUAUGGUGUUUGAUUAAUCAAGUUCAACCACUGAUGAGUUUUGUACUUUAUUUUUCUUUCGGUGCUUUAAAACCAUUCUGAUAUCUAUAGUUAGUGUUUACAGGGACUAAAGUGUUUUGUAUUUAAAUUUGAAACACAAUAACGUGACUCUGAGCACUUUAAUUGGUGUGUGGUGAAAGAAAGUUCACUAACAUUGCUUCAGCUCUUGUAAAUCAGUGCUGUUUUUUUCAGUGUGUCCAAAAACUGAAAAGUGUUCAGUGAUUAAAGAGCAGGCUUGUCCAGUGGAACUUUUCAUGGGUUUUAACUCCUGAUCUGUUUGCCGCAGUGAUUCAGAACUCACCUAAUGAUGUUUACACAUAUGGCUAUUAAAAAUGAGACUGAUGCUGUAAUACAAUUUUAUUGAACAUAAACAUUUUUCAAUGUCUUUCUCCUUCAACAUACUCCCCUUCUGCAUCAACACACCACUGCAUUCGGGUCUUCCACUGAUCAAAGCAGUGCAGUAGGUCUUCUUCUGACAGUUGUCUCAGAACCUCUGUCGUUCUUUUCUUAACUUAUGAUACAGACUCAAAACGUGUUCCUUUGAGCACAGAUUUGAUCUUAGGAAGAAGUCACACGGUGCUAAAUUAAGACCAGAGCGAUUAGGCUGAUAAUCAGCCUGAAAAACCCCCAUGUUAACCAAACUCACCUUGAAGAGAAAGCAAAUGCAAAUGGUGCCAAACUAUCAGGUAAAAAAUCAAAAAUCAAAAAUCAGUUUAAGUCCAGCUUUUCACCAGCAUUUCACUUUUGGUUGAACCUCCAAAUACAGUAGUUAAGUUAUUACGGACACACCGUUGGCUUACUUAGGUCAUGUCUUAUUGUCUGACUGUCUGCUUGACUUUGCUGUAGCAGCUGCACCAUGUUUCCAGAUGUCAGCAAUAUAUUUUAGUACCAUACACAAUAAUUCUUAUAAAAAUAUAUAUUUUUAAAAAGAUUACUCAAAUAAUAAAAUUUAACUGUCUUUUAAAACUAGAUUUUCAUUCUUCAAAAGGCCAAAGUGCAAAACUCUCAAUUGCUUUUAACAAUGUUGAGGCCCUUUUGUUUUUUUCUGCCCUACUAAUUUAGGUUAAAUAAAUUAGUGUAUUUUACAUUCAAAUUUUGUCUGGGGCAGAUUUAGCCAUGCUAAUUAACUUCCAAAAUUACAACAACAACCUGGGGAGUACAGUAAUUGCAGAGGGAGGGACAGUUGCACAUGUCUUCACACACCGAGAAAUGUAUGGUUGGCUUCUGCAUACUUCUAGUUGUGGAAUAUACAUAUGGGCAGGAUUGUAGACAUCAGCUGUGAUUUUUCCAAUGUUAGAACUGGUUAAAAAAAAAGCUCAGGGAGAAGAAUUGGACAAGACAAAGCUGUUGACCAAAUUAGAGGAGAUUUUUUUGUGAAUGUGGCCAAGGGGUACAUGUAUAUGUUUUUCUGUCUUACACCUGUGUGGACCCAAAGUGGCAGCUGGCAGGUGCUGCUGUAAUGAUUUUUUAAAAGUAUUUUCACAUUCAUUAUCUUCUGCUGCUCUGGUUCCACUCUACUGUUUAAAAAAGUUACAAAAGUUAGGACUGGCACACAGACCCAUGAGCAUUUAAAGGAUUAAAAGACCUGUCUUUGAACAGCAUGAAAAGCAUUGUUCAGCGCUUAUCCAGGAAGCUGUUUGGACACAUUCAUAAUGAAACUGUGAGAGGCGGGUCAUAUUAGUGGUGUCAGUGCUAAUUAGCUAAAGCCUUUGAUCUGGUGUGCUGCUUUUGAAUGUGGUUGAAAGGUUUAGUGCAGUCUACCUUUAAUUAGGACUCAGAGUAUAUCACUUACUAUAUGCAGGCCUCCUUAGUACCCAAUGCAGUCCCAGUUUUCGGUUUAUCAGCUCCUCUCUUUGUCAGCCAGCAUCUUAGCCAUUUGAGUUGAUUGAAGGUUUCGUGCCAAAAUAACACUUAAGUCUUCAAAGCUCUACUGUAUAUCUCUGUCUGUGUUUGUGGUUUGUGCUGACAUUGAAAACUACGUCUAUGCAGUCAUAACAACAUUGAAUAAAUCCUAAUAACAAAAGA